GAAAGCCCAGAACAAAAUUGCAAGGACAAAAGUCAUCAUCACCCCAGUAUUCCAAAACCCUAAACACAGCUAACGCAAGCGAUCCUCGUUGAGCUCGAAACCGAAAUGUAUUCUGCAGCAUGAAGUUGCUUGCAUUGCAAAAGCAAAAGCAAAGCUAGAGUUUCAGCGAAAGCACAGCACAAGGCAGAAUCAUGAACCGUCUGAGUUUGGAGCAGGUGCUCAAGGACAACAACACUCGCGACCCCAACUCCAUUUCAAGUCUCAAGCUCAAUCACAAGGCUCUUUCGGAUGUGUCGUGCUUGAGCGAGUUCAAGAACUUAGAGAGGCUCGACCUCAGCUUCAACAAUCUCACUUCUCUUGAGGGGUUAAAGUCAUGUGUCAAUUUAAAAUGGCUGUCAGUUGCAAACAAUAAACUGCAAAGCCUCAAAGGUAUUGAAGGACUUUCUAAGCUCACUGUGUUAAAUGCAGGCAAGAAUAAGCUCAAGGUAAUGGAUGAGGUCAUGUCUAUUGUUAGCUUACGUGCAGUGAUAUUGAACGAUAAUGAGAUUGCUUCAGUUUGCAGACUUGAACCUCUGAGAGACUUGAACACUCUUGUUCUUUCUAGAAAUCCGAUCCGUGACAUUGGUGAUUCUCUGAUGAAGGUGAAAUCUAUCACAAAGCUUUCUCUCUCCCACUGCCAACUCCAAACUAUACAGUCUUCACUCAAGUCCUGUAUUGAACUGAAAGAGCUCCGUCUUGCUCAUAACGAUAUUAAGGGUCUCCCAGCCGAGUUGGCUCUUAAUAAGAAACUCCAGAAUCUGGACUUGGGGAAUAAUGUGAUCACAAGAUGGUCCGAUCUGAAGGUACUCAAUUCAUUGGUCAAUCUGAAAAAUCUCAAUCUGCAAGGGAACCCUGUUGUUGAAAAAGAUAAAUUAGCAAAGAAGAUUAAAAGAAUAUUGCCGAACCUGCACGUAUUCAAUGCAAGACCAAUAGAUAAAUACACCAAGAAUGAAAAGGGUGCUGGAGUUGAUGAAGUUGAUGAUUCUUCACUUAAUGCUGCUAACAAGCAAGAAAGUCAAACAGAAAAACGAAAAGAUAGAGACUUCAAACGUCUUAUGAUGGCUGAAACUAAGGGUGGUAUUGGUAAGCUUGAAAACUCUAGUGAUUCUGAUACGAAGAAAUUGAAACUGAAAAAGCAGAAACCAGAUGACAAUGUCUCAAACCACGAAGUUUUGGUCCAGGGGGAUGAAAAAAGUGAUCAUGUCAAGAAAAAGAGCUACAAACAUCAGGUGUUAAAUGAAAAUGAUCCUAGUAAUCUUCAAAAAGCUGGGGAUUUGGAGAAGGAAUCACAGAAAAAGAAGCAGAAAAAGAAUCCACUCCAUACCGAAGAUAAUACCAAGGUUGGGAAAAAACUAGAGAAAGCAAAGGUGAAACAAGAAGGUGAACUUGAUGUUAUUGAUGAUGCAGACACACCGUUUUUGGAGCUUUUUUCUUUUAACAUGGGAGAUGCUGAGGUUGGUGGUGAAAACAAAGUUAAUGACAAGGUCAGUGAAGAGGCGAAUUUGUUGGGUGGCUUAGUAACCUUCCCUUCUAAGAGGAAAAAAGCUAAAAACCGCGGCACUGGUACUACACUACAGCCAUUGCCUUUGGAUGAAAUUGGAACAGGCGGACCAUCAACAUGGGGUGAUGACUAACGUUGUGAAGGCAGAUGUUUUGAGCCGAUGAAAUUGUAUUGAGGUAGCUUUCAGAUUAUACCUCCUCUUCUAGUCUUCAAGUUUGGCUAAAAUCGUGCAACGCUAGUUGUAGAUGUACUUGCUAUGUCUAAAAAUUUGGGUCAGGACACUUGAAUCAAAGCAGUAAAGAAACGUUUUGGUUGACUUUUUUACUUAUCUUUUUCUAAUGGAAAUUUUGACUAUGUACUUGAA